UUCUGGAAGCAUGGAGUGACAAUGGGAAAGCAAAACAUUCGUCACCGCUUGCGAUUCCUUCACGUGGGGAGGUCCUAUAAAGUGCAAACUCACUUGAAUUGAAUGUAGACGCCAUUCUGCACCGAGAUUCAUUCUUCACCAAAACUUCGCAAAGAAACACUACACAUCCAUGGCAACUGCUGGCGUGCAAGAAGUUCGUGUUCCCCCUCUAACUUCCACCUCUGAGCCACCUUCUCUCUUUGACGGAACCACCAGGUUGUACAUCAGUUAUAUUUGUCCCUAUGCGCAGCGUGUUUGGAUCACUCGGAACUAUAAGGGACUACAAGACAAGAUCAAACUGGUUCCUAUUGACCUACAAAACAGGCCUGCUUGGUAUAAGGAGAAAGUCUACCCUGAAAACAAGGUGCCAUCAUUGGAGCACAAUGGAAAGGUCUUGGGUGAAAGUCUCGAUUUGGUCAAAUACAUAGAUGACAACUUUGAAGGGCCGUCUCUAGUUCCCAGUGAUCCUGCCAAGAAAGAGUUUGGUGAGGAGUUGAUUUCCCAUGUUGAUACAUUCACCAAAGAGCUGUAUUCUGCAUUGAAAGGAGAUCCAAUACAUCAAGCCGGUCCUGCCUUUGAUUACUUAGAGAAUGCUCUUGGUAAAUUUGGUGAUGGGCCAUUCUUUCUUGGUCAAUUCAGCUGGGUGGAUAUUGCUUAUGUUCCAUUUGUUGAAAGAUUCCAGCUCGUCUUUGCUGAUGUGUUCAAGCAUGAUAUAACUGAAGGAAGACCUAAACUUGCAACAUGGAUUGAGGAAGUGAACAAGAUUAGUGCUUAUACACAGACAAGAGCUGAUCCAAAGGAAAUCGUUGAUCUUUUCAAGAAACGUUUUUUGGCUCAACAGUGAAAAUUUGGUUGCAGUGGGUAUCCUCUAAGUUGUAGAUUGUUGUCAAUAAAGUGUUGUGUGUUUAUCGGAUGCUUCUUUAGUCACAUGUUGUUUUGUCACUUUGUCUGCUAGAGCUGCAAAUAAUUUGAUUUCAGGGUCGGUGAUGUUUAUGUACCAGCUUGUCUGAUGUCAGACUAAUAAAAUGAUGCUUGUGUAUCGGCUUUUAAUACUGAGUGGCAUGGUAUUAUCAAUAUCCUAUGAUUAUUACAUACAUGUAUGUAUAUGCAAUCUCGAGUAGUAAUAAAUUAAUCGUCGUUUUAUACC